AUGCAAGCACUAGACAGCAAUCCCUCACCCCCUCUCUUCAUUACUCCUGUUGCAGAGCUGCUGCCCCAGACAGAGGCCCUCAAGGCCCUGCUGCAACGAAGAAGAGAACUGGAGCUGCAGCAGCAGCAAGAAGAAGGAGAGAGGCUGCAAGAUCAGAGGCUUCAAUCUUUAGCGCUGCAGCAGCAUGACGAGUAUGUGAGGCGCAGCCAGCUGCAGCGCCGGCUGCUGCAGCAGCAGCAGCAGCAGCUAACAAAAGAAGAAGAAGGACGUUCACUGCAGGACCCAAACUUCUCUUCUCUCCUUCGCCUCGGCCGUUCCCCCAGAGUCCGAACCAGCAGCAGCAGCAGCAGCAGCGGCAGCAGCAGCAGCAGCAGCAGCAGCAGCGAAGGAGGGCCCUUUGUACCUCGAUUUCUUUCCUUGGGGUCGCUUGGCCUCAACCCUCUACAAAUACGAUUGCUGCUGAGAGAAGGGCUUGCAGAUAACCCUGAUGUAGAAGAAUUAGACUUGAGCCGCGUUGGUUUGACUGACGACGAAGGCCCCGCAAUAUUUCAAAGUUUGUCGCGCAUGCAGAGUCUACGAGCCGUCUCGGUAGAAGCAAAUUACUUGGGCAGGGCUUCUGCUGCUGCACUAGCUAAGUGGAUAGAAGCUGGCGGGGAUUUGCUGCUCGAGAGUCUUCGCAAGAACACAUCUCUGCAGUGUCUCGACAUCAGCGACAACCACAUCAGUUGGCGGUUGAAGGAAGCGAAAGCCGUUCGCUAG